AUGCUGCGGUGUCACGCUGUCGCCGCUCGCAUUCCCGGGGCCACCGGCUCCGGUGGCGGUGUCCUGCUGUCCGUCUCCUUCCGAGCUGAGGUGGCACCGCCGCUCUUGUGCCACGCAGGUGUCCCCAGGAGGACGCGGGUGGUGCCCGAGGAGCGCAGCCCCACCUGGAACGAGGAGCUGGUGUGGCCGCUGGACACGCGUCCCCUCAGUGCCACCGACGCUCUGGAGCUGCGACUGCGGCGCUGGGACUGUCCCCUGCCCCAGGGCGACCUGGGUGCCACCACGGUGUCACUGGAUGAGUUGGUGGCCAAGCCCAGCGUGCCGGUGGCCCUCAGGGACAUCCCGCUGCUGGACCACCGGGAGCGGCCCACGGGGCACACCGUCACCUUCCUCUGCUCCUUUGACGCUCACGGCUCCACCGGGGACAUCGCCGUCACCCAGGGCCCGGUGUCACCGGUGCCACCCGCGGUGUCCCCCGCAGACAGGCGGGAGGAUUUCCAGGUCCGGGUGAGGGUCAUCAAGGGCCACCAGCUGCGGGGCAAGGACAUCAAACCCGUGGUGAGGGUCCGGAUCGGGAAGCGGAACUUCCACACCCGCAGCCGGAGCGGGAACAACCCCUACUUCAACGAGGUGUUCUGUCAGAAUUUCCGCCUGACGCCGGAGCAGCUGGUGGCACAAAACAUCCACAUCCAGGUGCUCCGUUCACCCCACGCCUGCAUCAAACCCGUCAUCGGCGACUUCCAGCUCGACAUCGGCACCGUCUACUCUGCCCCAGUGGAGCCGGCGCGGCCGUGCCAGGGAUCGGUGAAGGUCUCGGUGCGGGUCGGAUUCGCCGGCAGGACCCUCUGCACCCGCGGGGUGCCCCUCGAUGCCAACCCCGAGUGGAACGAGGUUUUGUCGUUCCCCCUGCGGCUGCCCCCGGUCUGUGACGAGAUCCUGCUGGAAAUCCUGCGAGGCUCGUGCCGGAACAAAACCCUGGCCAGGGCCACGCUGAGGCUGCCCCAAAUCUGCCGGGAGCCCGAGGAGCUCGAGGAGGGGACCCCCCAUUUCCUCCCGUCCUUCGGGCCCAGCUUUGUCCCCCUGUACGGCCCCCGGCCCGACGCUGCCCGGAGCCGCCUGCCCCGCUGCCAGCUCGGGCUCUGCGGGGUUUUCUACUCGGUCUCCUCGGUACCGGCGGGUCCCGAACCCCUGAGCCUCGAGCUGGGCAUCGGCGGAGCCGCGGCCGCCACGGCCCCGGAACGGCCCCGGUGCGACGGGAACCUCCACCACUACCUGCCGUGGUUUGGGGACAAGCCGGUGGCCGCUGUCACCUCGCACUGGGAGGACGCCGGGCACCGCUGGGACAGCCUGAACCUGCUGCGGGCGCUGGGACAGCGGCUGGAGCGGAACCUGGCGGAGCUGCGGCAGCACCGCGGGGGCUCGUCCGGGUCCGUGCGGGCGCGGCUGCUGCGGGAGCUGGCCCAGGACUGCACGGACGCUCUGGGCUGGCUGGAGGCUCAGCCCGCCGUGACGGCGCUGGACCAGCAGCUCCGCGGCUCCCGGCGGCUCCUCCUGCGGCAGCUGCGGCGUUUGGCCGAGGGGGACCCCGAGAAAAUUCCGGAAUUACGCGGGGACGCCUUGGGGACGGCGGCUCGGGGCUGGCUGCGACGCGUGGCCGCGCUGGCCGUCGAGCCCCAGGCCGGUGUCCCCGACGUGCAGCUGUGGCUGGUGAGGGGACAGCGGCGGGUGGCCUCGGCUCGCGUGGCCGCCACCGAUGUCCUGCACUCCCCGCGUGGCCCCGGCGCCUGCGGCCGCCUCUGCGGGAGGAUCCUCACCCUGUUCCUGGGCUGCGGGGACAGCCAGGCCCAGGUGCGGCUCCGGCUGUGGCUGGGCCGGGUGGGCGAGAGCGGGGACCUGGAGCGGCUGCUCGGGGGGAGCCUGAGCUUCUACUGCCACACGCUCGAGGAGCAGACGCGGCUCUGGGGCCAUUGGGGGCCCCGGAAGAUUUUGGGGCUCCCCGCGUUCAGCUCCGGGCCCCCCCCGGGGCAGCUCCGGCCCCCCCCGGGCUGGCGCUGGGCCGGGCCCUGGAGCCUGGAGCGGCCGCCGAGGGUGUCGCCGCGCCCCGAGCCCGCGGUGAGCGCGGUGCUGGAGGAGCUCUACGAGACCCAGAGGAGAGAGCCCGGAGGGAGCUGGAGCCCCGCCGGUACCGGCAGCACCGACUCGGACGGACAGGCGGUGCCACCCAAGGAGGAGGUGGCGUGUCCCCAGGGCUGGAGCGUCACCAGCGACUGGCACGUGGACACCGAGGGGGACGUGGAUGAGGACGGGUGGCAGUACGGGCUGGGCACGGACGAUGGCAGUCCCCUGGCAGGGUGGCACCGCAAGGGACAGCCCUGUCACAACCUGCGGCGGCGGCGCUGGCUCCGGAUCCGCCACAGGGACACCGAGACACGGGACACGGACACGCUCAGCACCCUGGAGCGGGGGACAGCGGUGUCACCCCGGGCCAGCCCUGUCCCCUCCCGGGACAUCCAGGAGCCGGCCCAGGACGAUCCCGGGCAGCUGCCGGGGGGCUCCUCCCUGACACCCCCGCAGCAGCCGCCCCUCUUCAUCCUCUGCAGCUUCCAACGGCCCGGCCGCUUCCAGCUCCGCUGUUACAUCUUCCAGGCGCUGGAUCUGGCGCCCGGCAGCUCCAGGACCCCCCUAGGUGCGACCCCCGGGCCCCGCGCCCCCCUUCCCCGGCAGCCCGGGGCACUGACGGUGUCGCUGUCGCCAGGUGUCACCGCGCAGGUGUCGUUCGUGUCCCUGAGCCAGCGCACGCGGGCGGUGCGGGGGGCUCCGGAGCCGCGCUGGGAGCAGACCCUGCUGUUCCCGGGGGUGCUGCUGUUCGGGGACCCCCGCGGGACACAGCAGGACCCCCCGGCUGUGGUGGUGGAGGUGUGCGAGCAGCGGGGACAGGGUGCCGGUGCUCUCCUGGGGAGGAGCGUGUGCCUCCCGCGGGUCUGGCUGGACGUGCGACACCGGGAGCCCCCCCGGCUCCAGCCUCACCCCCUGCACGGCCCGCGGGGCCCGGCCGGGGAGCUGCUGGCGGCCUUCGAGCUCCUCCACGAGCCCGAGGACGGGACCCCGGCCCCGCUCAGGCUCCCGCCCCUGAGGAACGGCGAGUUCGGCUUCCCCCCGGAGCUGCGGCCGCGCCUGCAGAGGGUGGCGCUGGAGGUGCUGGCCUGGGGGCUGCGGGGGCUGCGCGGGGCCGUGCGGGAGCCGCGCCUGGAGCUGCAGUGGGGGGAGCAGAGCCUGUGGACCCCCCCGAUCCAGGACAUGGCCACCGACCCCAACUUCCCCAGCAACGCCUUCGUGCUCACCCUGGUGAGCGGGGCAGGGCCGGAGGGUCCCUCCCCGGGCUCGGGUGGCACCGCGGGUGACCCGGCCGUGUCCCCGCAGGCGCUGCCCGAGGAGGAGCGGUUCGUGCCCCCCAUCCGCCUGCGCCUCUGGGCCGGCACCGAGCGGCGGCUGCUGCUGGGCCAGGCCAGCGUCAGGGACCUGGGGCGGUUCCGCUGCCCCCCGCCCCGUCCCGAGCGGCUCCUGGGCUCGGGCAGCGGCUCUCACACGGCUGUGGCAAUGCCAGAGGAUCUCCUCUCCCCGCCCGUCUCCUCCAGCCUCUGGAAGCGUUUGUGUUCCUUUCUCCUGGCCACAGCCCCAGCCAGGACGGCUCAGGACCUGCUCAGCCGCCUCAGGAACAUCGGCGCUGAGGACCAGAUCUACGGCUGCGAGCUGGAGGCGGUGCCCGAGUUCGAGGGGCUGCAGGAUUUCUGCCAGACCUUCCCCCUCUACAAACCGGGCCGUCCCCGCUCGGCCGCGCAGCCCCCGGAGCCCGUGGGCAGCUUCAAGGGGCUUUUCCGCAUCUACCCCGUGCCCGAGGAGGCCGGGCCGGGCCCCGCCGUGCCCCGCUACUUCCAGCGGCUGCCGCCCCGCGAGCCCCAGCGGUGCCUGCUGCGCGUCUACAUCGUGCGAGCCUUCGAGCUGUCCCCCCGCGAUGUCACCGGGCUGAGCGAUCCCUACGUGCGGGUGUCGCUGGGGAAGAGGACGCUGGGACAGAGGGAGCAGUACGUGCCCAACACCCUGGAGCCCGUGUUCGGCAGGCUGUUCGAGCUGACGGCCACCAUCCCGCUGGAGAAGGACCUGCGUGUCACCAUCAUGGACCACGACAAGGUCCCCCCGGACCAGGAGAUCGGCAGCACCACCAUCGACCUGGAGAACCGGCUGCUGUCCCCGCGGCGCGCGCACUGCGGGCUGCCCGCGCGCUACCACACGCCGGGGGUCCCAGAGAGGGGUGACCCCCCUUUGGGACCCCCCGGGGCUGCCCGGGAGCGCCUGGCCCUGCACGUGCUGAACCUGUGCGAGCUCGUCCCGGAACACCUGGAGACCCGGAGCCUCCGGAACCGGGAACAGCCCGGGCUCGAGCAGGGCAAGGUGCAGAUGUGGGUGGACAUUUUCCCCGUCAGCCUCGGGCCCCCCGGGCCCCCCUUCAACAUCGACCCCCGCAAGGCCGAGGGGUACGAGCUGCGCUGCGUGGUGUGGAGGGUGCGGGACGCGGACCUUGGGGACAUCAACCUGCUGGGACAGCGCAUGAGUGACAUCUACGUGUGCGGGUGGCUGGACGGGCUCCCCGAGCACCGGCAGCACACCGAUGUCCAUUAUCGCUCCCUGGACGGGAACGGAGCCUUCAACUGGCGCUUCGUGUUCCCCUUCGAGUUCCUGGCGGCUGAGAAACUGUGUGCCAUCCACCGCAAGGAGCACGUGUGGAGUUUGGACCAGACGCUGCUGAAGGUGCCCCCCAAGCUCAUCCUGCAGGUGUGGGACAAUGACAAGUUCAAGGCGGACGAUCUGCUGGGGAUCCUGGAGCUGGAGCUGACGCGGCUGCCGCGGCCGGCCCGCAGCCCCGGGCGGUGCCGGCUGAGCCCGCGGGAGCUGCCCCGGCUCGCCCGGAGCUGCUGCCGGGGCCCGGGGCUCGCCCGCCCCACCCUGGACCUGUUCCGCAGGAGGAGAGCCCGCGGCUGGUGGCCCUGCACCCUGCAGGAGGAUGGCGGCCAGCGGGUCUCGGGGAAGCUGGAGCUCUCCCUGGAGCUGCUGACGGCGCGGGAGGCCGAGGAGCGGCCGGUGGGGAAGGGCCGGGAGGAGCCCAACAAACACCCGACACUGCCCGAGCCCAAGCGCCCCAAGUCCUCGUUCCUGUGGCUGCAGUCCCCGCUGAGCCUCGUGCGCCACGGGCUCCGGUGGCGGUACCCGCUGAGCAUCGGCCUGGGGCUGGCGGCGCUGCUGCUGCUGCUGCUGGCGCUGCGCUCCUUCCUCCCGAACCGGGCUGUCCGUACCCAGAACCGGGCUCCCCGUACCCAGAACCGGGCUCCCCGUACCCAGAACCGGGAUUCCCGUACCCAGAACCGGGCUCCCCGUACCCAGAACCGGGCUCCCCAUGCCCAGAACCGGGAUUCCCGUAACCAGAACCGGGCUGUUCGUACCCAGAACCGGGCUCCCCGUACCCAGAACCGGGCUCUCCAUGCCCAGAACCGGGCUCUCGGCUCCUCCCAGCGCCCCGUGCCCAUCCUCAUCCUCCGGUGCCGCUCCGCAGGCCUCCCUCACCGUGAAGGUUCCCGAGCCGCGCCGGUUCCUGCGCCCGGAUCCCGACCCCAAACCCUGAGGAUCCGUCUGGGAAUCCGCCCGGAGCCCCUUCCCGAGCCGCUCUCCAGCCGGGACGGGAUUGCUCCGCUCCAGGGCCGCCAUCCCGGCUGGAAUUCCCCGGGAAUUGCCCACCCUCUGCCCAGCGGUUUGGCCACGAGGCUGCCGCAGGUACGGAUAAAAUAA